AUGGAAGUGAAGGAGAUUGCUAAACAUAAGACACUAUGGAAAAUGACCUCAACCAGUGAGCCUUUGUUAAUUACUGGUUCAGUAGCCAACCCUUUGAAGAAGUUCACCAUUCCCAAGAUCAGGAGGACAGCUGAGAAAGUUUACUUGUCACCUUGUUGCACCAAUACUAGAGAGUAUAGUUUUAUACAUGAUACUCUGAACCAGUGCAGGCUUGAUAUAAGCUGUGGUCUGCAGUCAUCAUGGCAGUUUGGAGAUACAAAACUGGUUAACAAUGAGGAACUGGAAAAAAAUUUUACUACAAAGAGGUCAGAGAUGCGUGAGAUUGGAAGACAUGGCAGAGAACUUGAGGAACAUUUCUGCUUUUUAGCACUUCCAAAGAGUGAUGUAACAGAGAUAUGCCAGAAUGGAAUAAGUACUAAAACAUCUACAUUGAAGAUAUUAGGAAAUCCUCUUCUUGGAAUUUAUAUAUUUAGACAUGUAGAUGUUGCCUUGAAUUAUGCUCACAGUCAAAGCAUUACUGUAGAAAGUAUUAUGAUUUUUAAGGUUCUCUAUGGAAAAGUGAAGAAAAUUCAUCCUUAUGUGGAUAAAAACAAAGUUGCUUUGGAUCCUUCUCCUAACUUUGAUUGCCAUAUGUCAAGAAGUGUACCUUCUCUGAAAGAUGCCACUGAGUUACAAGCCUAUAAUUCAGCAGUAUACUUCUAUGAAUACAGUGUCUUUUCAAAGCCAGUAGAUAAACCUAGGCAGUGUCUUCCAUAUGCAAUAGUAACAGUAAAAUUUAUUGGUCAAAAAAUAAAUAAUGGACACCUUGUGACAUCUUUGCGAUUCCCUUCAACAGGAUUUCCUAAGAGGACUGAAAGAACAUGUUCUCUGAAUAACUGUACAGUGGCCAAAAGAAUUGGAAAAGGGAAAGAUGCUACUGUCAUCUUUGAACAUUUCAGGAAACCUGUAGACCCGUUUGCUCAGGAAAAUUGUUCAUGCAAUACAGUAAAGUCAGAAAUAGAUUUUUCCAACUCAGAUAUUUCUGACUCCUGUGGAAAUGUACAAAAUGGAACCAUUUCUAUACUAGAUACAUACAAUGGACAGACAGAGCACAACUUAUCAGAAAUUAGAGACACUUCUCAAGUACAUGCACAUGAUUCAGAUCUUUCAUUUAUGCCCAGUGAUACCAAAGAAAAUGUUAAUGGUGACCAUUUGUUUAAUUGGACAUAUCUUAAAAAUAUUUUAAGUGGUCUUUCUGCUGCCUUUCCUCUUCAGAACAAUAUUGGCUCAAGCACAGUUAUUACUUCAAAACUCAUCAAAGACCCAAGACUGAUGAGAAGAGAAGAAAGCAUGGGAAAACAGAAUGAUACUACAGAUUUAAAGGAGAUUUUGCCCUCUGAGAAGAGUUUAGAUUAUGUUAAUUCAGAAAUAAAGCUGCCACCUAUGCCAGCUGUUUCUGCCUCAUCAGAAAUCAUAACUGGUGAUUAUGCUCUUCUCACUAAUUGCUUAGAUGCCCCUUGCUUUAAAAUUUCUUUGGAUGAUUCACAAUCUCAUGCUCACAACAUGGGCUCUAAGGACUAUGACUGUACAACUCCCACUAAAAUUACCAUGACAGGACAAUAUAAGGACCAAGAGAAUUUUUCCUUCCCAAUUUCUUUGUCAAAUGUAGUUUCAGAAAUUGAGAACCAAAAAGAUAAUGAGGAAAAAGCCCAGGGAGUGCAACAGAGAAGCAACAUCCCACUUGAACAGAGCAGUGAGCCACAUAACUCUUACCAGUCAAAAAAUGCUUCUAUAGAAAAGUACAACAGUCAGACCUCUCAGGAAUUACAGUCUUCUGAUUUGAAAACUAUAUAUCCCAGUAAUCUCCCAAUGUCUUCUGCAGGGUUUCCACUUGAAAAGAAAGAAAGCAUAAAUGAAUACAUUCAAAAUAUUGGAAAAAUGAGAAACUUCACUGACCCAGAAGACAAUUUCAAACAUGAAGAAAAGAAGACUUGGUGGAAAGAUCCUGAUUAUUUCAAUGAUGAAACAGAAAUUUGUCCAAUAGAUAAUCAUGUUCCUUCAUACCAAGAAUAUGAAGAUGGUGACCAUCUUGACUCUUUUGAGAAAAACUGUGAUAAAAUAAUGGUUACUCAAGAGUUAGAAAUACUGAAAUCUUCCACACCUGCCCCAAACAAUGAGGAUGAACAUCUAGCAUUGGAAUUACAAGGUAUUACUUCAAGCGUUGAGAGUCUUUCACAAAAGCAUCCUCAAUACUCUUUGGAGUAUGAAGAUAAUAUUUGUACAAAUUUUGCCAUUGCUGAAAAGCUAAUGGAACUGAAAUUGGAAAAAACAAAUGAAAAUUGUGUUAACAUUAUAACUAAUGAUUUCCAAGAAGCAAAAGACAUUCUCCAGGCCAAAGACAUGCCCAUUGAUAGAGUUAUUUCAUCCCAUGACAUAGAAACAGCCCUUGAAAGUUCAAAUUGUAACAUAACUAGAGAAAAUGUAUGUAUACAUAGAAAAAAUGAACCUGUGUCAUUAGAGAGUAUUCAAGGAAACUGCGGAGAAAUUCAUACUGAACACGAAAGUCAACAUCCCACUGUGUUUCUUAAUGCACAGUUGGACAAUGAUACAUGCCUGGAUGUUAAUUUCAGAGAACAAGGAGAUAAUGAUGAGGAAAACCAAAAUGAGGCUAGACAGACAGACAGUACUUCAUUCCCAGAAAACAAUAUAAAGAAUAUACAUAGAGAUGAGAAACAGGGUUUUCAUAUAGACAAAAAUUUCACCAAUAUAGAUGAAAGAAGGGAGAAUAAAAAUUACAGCAAUGUAGAAAUUCCAAGUUCUGAAGAAUUUUCUACUCCAUUUAACUUGAUUUGGGAAGAAAAAUAUGUGUCAACAGAAACUACAUUAUUAGAGAGUGAAGAUGCCAUCAGUGGCAUAGAACAAAAAGAUGAGCAAAAUGCCGGAAGUGUAGAGUAUUUGGCUGCCACAACAUUUCCGAAAAUAACAGAUUCUUCAGAGUGUGCUUCUUCCAGGGCUUCAGUGCAGAUAGCUCAUACUCCUAUGCUGGCAUUAAGCACACAGCAUGAAGAUUCCCACAGACAUCAAUUUGAAGAAACUUGUUCUGAGAGUCCAGAUUUGGGUUUGUUGGUAAAACAUAGGGCUCCUGAUUCUGAAGUUAAUAUAGAUAAUGAUAGAUUACAGGACUCACUUCAUCAGUCAAACAGUGAGAACUCAGUUCUUCAAGAUUUUGAAUUGGAAAAUGAGAUCGAAGUAGGAUCAGAGCAAGGUGAUGAUGCUUGUCUAUUUCAGCAAGAUACAGAAAGCAUCGAAGAUGUAUUUGAUGAACGUGACGCCGCAUAUGAAAUUCUGAAGUCCCGUAUUGAUUGGGAAGGUCUGUUCGGAAGCCACGAUGGGAAGUCAGAAGUUUGGGAAAGCACCAUAAGAAAGGAGAAUAAUGAUCAGUAUUAUUAUAAGAAAAGUAUUCUUUCUUCUUCCACACGAAAUAAAACAGAGCUCCUCAGCCCAAUUUUACUUCCAGAUCUACAAAUUACAAUUACUAAUAUAUCUGGGCCAGGAUUUAGCCCCACUGCUGACUCCCUUGCAUCAGAAGAUAAUUUUUGGAAACGUGUAACAGAAGCCACAAAAGAAAGAAAUAAAGAAGGGGGAAUGCUAGGAUUUGGUAUAUAUUCCCAGCCUUCUGGUAAUAAUUCAGGUGAAAAUGAAGUUGAUGAAAUAAGGCAGGAAUCAGGACUAGUGAGUAAAUCUGAAAUCUCCCUUUCUAUUGACUUAAGUCAUAAUAUACAUGCAAGUCAUAUGUCUGACAGACAAAACAGUGAAUCUUUGUUUACCGUAGCGUCUACUGUCACAGGAAUAAAUGAUGGAAGGAGGUGUUCCUUUACAAAAUCAAAAAAUGACUGUAACAAUAGUAGAAGUGAAAAGGGGAUGGAAUUAAGAAUUAACAAAAGAAAGUUAGGUGUAUCUUCUAGGGACCAGAACAUACCACAUAAAGAUUCAAAACAGCAUGAAAUCCUUGGAAAGAAAAGGAGACUAACCAAUCCAGACCCAUCUAAGUGUUUUUCUUCAUUAUCCCAAGGACGAAUUAAAACAUUUUCCUGGUCUGAAAAGCACAUUAGGGGUGUCCUGGAUAUUCUAAAUAGUGAAGCAUCUUUAUGUAAAAGCAGACGUCUUUCCAGAAAACUAGACAGAGCUGUUGUUCACUUAAAAAAAGCUCAUAGAAGAGUUAAUACAUCUUUGCAGAUUAUAACUAAAGUGGGAGAGAAAAGAAAGGGUCCAUUACCAAAAUCCUAUGCAAUAAUAUGCAAUAAUUUCUGGGAAAGUUGUGACCUUCAGGGUUAUAAUUCUGUGUCUGAAAGAAGAUACUAUUCUACUAAGCAUUUUUUGUCCAAAAAAAGAUACAACAAACAGGGAGAGAAAAGAGCUUUAGGAUCUGAUGGUGAUGAAUCAUUAACCCACGUGUCAAAGCACAAGUCUUAUAAAACAAAUGGAAAGAAAAUCACAAAGUGUCUUUCCAAGAAAAGUGUGACCAGCAAGGUCUCCAAAAGUCACACUGUACAUGCUAGAGAAUUUUGUGAUCGGGAACAUCGUGAAUCACAGUUGUCACUAUCCUCCAUUUCCCAAAGUACAAGUCAGUCAGCUUAUAGUAAUAACAAUACUAGAAAUCCAGGAUCAUCUGAACUUCAGCCUUUUCCUAGGAAGACUAGAUACCUCUCUUCCCCUGACCACUCUGAUGAGAAACUAAGUGAAAAAGAAAAUCAAAUUAAUACAAAGUUUCUACCUAACAUGAGUAAUUUUGAAAAGCUUCAGAGCCAUUCAGCACAUACUAGAAAGAACACAACAAAAGAACACAAUUGUGAGGCCAGUAGAGUAACAAGUGGAAGUAAUUCAGUGUCUUUAUGUUGCUUGAAGGAAAACCCAAGUUACAGCACAGACAAAAAUUAUGAUGCAACUUGUAUAGCUCACAAAAAGGUGAGAACUGACAUACUUUUUUCAGUCUUAGAAUCAACUAUGGAUAUCUGCAAGCAAGGUAAUCUUAUUUUACCUGAUUGUAAAAGAAACCUGAAAGUAAAUUUUCCUAUAGAAAAGUAUACAGCUCCUAUCGAGACUUUCAAACAAAGCAUUAUUACAGAAAACUUCCUUAUGGACCCAUUACACCCGACUUUAAUAGCCAGCAAAAAAUACAGUAGUCCUCAGUUGUUUUCAACUGCUUCAGUGACAAAUAGGAAAGGAGAAUUUUGGAAGUCUUACUUGGGUAAACAGAGAACUUUUGAUACAGAUUCUUUUGCAGCUUCACACUACCAGCAGAUAUGUUGUGGAAAGGAGCUUCUGAAGACAGAGCAGUGCUCCUCAGCUAACUGCUUCCUUAUGGAUGGCAAUGAAACAAAUGUCCCUGCAGAGUCACAGUUGAAUCUAACCCCAGUAACUGAAGAAAGUAAAAGUUAUGGGGAAAAUGUAAUGAAGAAACAAUCUUCCAUUGAUAGUUCUCAGCUCUUAAAAGAUAAUAUGAAGGGCUCUUCAAAAAGCAUUGUAAAGAAAGACAUUCAGGACAGAAAAAUGUGGGGAAUUAAACAAGCACAAAAAGCAAAAGAUUCAGUUUGCAAAAGAAGCACAAAUGAAGGAUCAGCUGUUGAGACUGAGUACAAAGACGGAAAGAAUGAGAUCGUAAAAGAAUCCUCCCACUUAAAUAAUAAAAUGAUUAAAAAUAACUUGGUUGAUUGUCAUGUAACCAUUAAAGAUGCAGUCUCUUUGAAUAACAUAGUUUUUAACCAGCUUAAUAAAAGAGAGCAGAAGGGGAAAAUUAAAACUAAUGGUGACUGUCAGUCUGACUCAACAUUACAUUCAGAAACAGCCUAUAUUUCCAAACCAGACAUUCUAGGAAUUCAUAGCAUGCCUGUUUUACAUGCCCACUCUGAAAUCUCUGAAGUCACUACUCGUCAGAAGUCCACAUCAUACACAAAUGAAUUAAAUGAAAAACAUGGCUCAGCUAAUCACACAGCCCUUAUCACUAAGCUAUCUCAAAUUUUGCGGAGGGCAGAUGAAGCAUCCUCUUUGCAGGCUCUACAGGAAGAAACUAAGGUUUGCCAAAAAUUUUUUCCUUUAUUUGUUGAAGCUUUUGAAAGCAAGCAAGAAUGUUCAUUUGAACAAAUUGUGAUUUCAAGAGAAUUGUUGGUAGAACAAAACAUGUGGAAUAAUUGUAGACACAAAUUAAAACCUUCUGCUGUUGAUACUUUGGUAGAACUUCAAAUGAUGAUGGAAACUAUUCAAUUCAUUGAAAACAAAAAAAGGCUUUUAGGAGGUGAACCAACCUUCCGAAGCUUGCUUUGGUAUGAUGAGACAUUGUACAGUGAGCUGCUUGGCAGACCAUGUGGAUAUCAACAGCAAUCCAAUUUCUAUCCUGCUUUUCAAGGAAGGUUAAAAUAUAAUGCAUUCUGUGAGUUACAGACUUACCAUGGUCAAUUAAUUGAAUUGUUUGAAGAAACAAAAAGGGGAAAUAAUUCAUACUAUGCGUUCUUAAAAUACAAACGACAGAUUAAUGAAUGUGAAGCCAUAAUGAAACAUUGUUCCGAUUGUUUUGACUUUUCUCUUUCUGUUCCAUUUACCUGUGGAGUUAACUUUGGAGAUAGUUUAGGAGACCUAGAAACCUUAAGAAAAAGUACAUUAAAGCUGAUCAGUAUAUAUGGGGACUCUCCUAAAAUUCUUUCAUAUCCGGGAAAACAAGACCAUCUGUGGAUUAUCAUAGAAAUGAUCUCCUCAAAAGUUAAUUUUAUCAAGAACAAUGAGGCAUUAAAUAUUAAAAUAUCUCUUUAUGGUCUGGAACAUAUCUUUUUUGAUGCUGCAAAAAGUCUUAUUUGGAAAGAGAGAAGAAAAUAUUUUAGCAAAAAAUAUUCAGAAAAAAAUAGCAAAGAAAUGAUACUCAAAAUGAAUCAAUGUGCUUACUCAAAGUUGCAGAAGAUAUAUGAUACUUUGUCUGAAGAUUUAAACAGUGAACCAGUUUCUGAUACUGGGGUGGAGAAGGAUACUAUAAUUAGUUCCAGAAAGUCAGAUUAUCUAAUGAACAAAGCAACAACUACCAUAGAAAAUGACAAGUUAAAUAAUACUUUGCUUUUACACCCAGAUAUUUGUUACAUUAGUGAAAUACUGGAUCAAGCUGAAUUUGCAGACCUUAAAAAAUUACAAGAACUUACCUUAAGAUGUAUAGAUCAUUUAGAAUUUUUAAAAAAAUACUUCCAGAUGCUACAAGAAGAAAACAUAGAUAAUAUUUUUAUCACUGAAGAAAACGUUUUGGACAUGGCAAAAAAACAUAACCAUGGGGCUGUAAUUUUAAAACCUGAGGCUGUGGAAACAUACGUUGAAAUUGUCAUGAUCUCAGAAACAGUUCACUUUCUUAAAAACUCAGUGGCAAAGAAGUUGGACAAACCGAGGUUUCGAGGUAUGCUUUGGUUUGAUUUGUCUCUUCUUCCUGAAUUAGUUCACUGCCAAGAAAAAAUGGCUUCUUUUUCAUUUCUUAAAGAUAACUCAAUAAAUGUUUGCCUUGGGAGAGUGAUAGAGACUUCUAUUUCUGAACUUAAGAAAGAUAUGGAUAUUAUCUGCAAAUACAGUGAAGCUGUUAAUGGCUCAUAUGCUCUUCACUUGCUCUCAAGAGAACUUCAAGAACUUUCGGAAAUAAAAAAGCUUCUGAAGAAGUCUAAGUAUUCUAUUUCAACGUAUAUUGACUUUGUGCCAUAUAUAAUGUCUAUAAAUUAUGGAAGCACUGUAACAGACUUGGACUACAACUACAAUCAGUUUUCUAUACUGCUCAAAAAUACCAUGUCUGCCCCUAAGAAAGACUUAGGGAAAGUGACCCAUAUUAUGAAAAUUAUGAAAACAAUUGAACACAUGAAGAUUAUAUGUGCUAAAAAUCCUAAAUUAACCAUUUCCUUUGUUCUAUGCCAAAUGAUGUGUAAUAGAAAGAAGACUUUCCCACCAAAGAGAAAAGAAAACGGAAGUAUGAAUAUUCAUACUAUAAAACCUGGAGAAAAUAUCGAUAAAUCUAGUAUUUCUGUGAAGGUGUCCUUAAUUCCAGAGUGUACAAUUAAAAAUGUUUCAAACUGCUCUAAAAAACGACCUAUUACUGUAGACAAAUGUGAAGAUUCUGAGGAACAAGAGAAAAGUACUAUUUCCCGCUGUAAAAAGCAAAAGGUAAACGUGAAAGGUGUCGCAAAAAUCAGCAGAGAAAAGACAGCAUACAAGCAUCCAAGGACUACAGAAUUUCAUCCCAAAAGUGAAAACAAAACAGAAUCGAGUUCAUCUGACAAUCUGAAAAGAAACUACGUAUUUCCAGAAAAGAUUGAAAUGCAAAGUUUACUGCCUGGAUCGCUUUUACCUUUAAAGAACCUAAAAGACACGUGCUCAUUAAAGGCAGAAGGCAAAAUAGACUUAAGUAAUGUUUCAUUUGAUACUUCAGAACACUUCACUGGAGAACAGGGCAAUUUAAUUAGAAAGAAGAAAAGAAAUAAAAAACUUCAUGCUGCUGAAACAAAAAGUGGUAAGAAAGAUUGUACUGCUUUUGCAGUUUGUGACCAAGAAAGUGUAGAGGGCACAUUUUCAAAGGACCAUGAGACAUUUUCACAGAAAUUUCUUAAAAAUUCUCCAGAUUCCACACAACAAUCUUGUCCUUUAGACACAAAACCAGAAGCUGCUGCUUCUCUUGUGCCUAAUGCGUCUGUGCUCUCAGAGCCUGCUUCCCAUUUCAUGAAGGAUAUUCAUACCAAUCUAGAAAUGAAUGACAAAGUCUUAGAACUUCAAGAUAUUGAAAUAUUAAAUUCGUCUAUUAAAAAUUCCACAUGUUCCACAUGCACUUCUUCUCCAGAACCUGUAUUUAUCCAGGAAAAAAUUCCCAUUCCGGAAAUAAAUAAAACACAGCCUGCAAAAUCUGAGUCAGAGGAAAAGUAUAUUAAGGAUACACUGAAUCCCAGUACUAUUCCUUUUGGAGCACCUGGACACUUAACCCUUAAUGUGACUCAAACAGCGGAGUACUCUUUUUCUGAACAGCAAAAUGAUGAAAAUUCAAAAGUCCUAACUCAGAACACUGCUACGUAUUGGAAUGAACUUCCACAGUCUGCAUGCACCCCAAUAUAUAAUUCUUCUGAGCAUUCAUUUGGCACUUCAUAUCCAUACUAUUCUUGGUAUGUUUAUCAUUAUAGCAGCAGCAAUGGCAGUGCCAUUACCCAGACACACCAAGGGAUAACAUCAUACGAAGUACAACCACCUCCUGGGAUGUUGACUGCAAUUGCAAGUACUGUCCAAAGCACACAUUCUAAUCUUCUGUACUCACAAUAUUUUAGUUGCUAUGGUGGGGAGCCACAAGCAUAUGGCUUUGUGCCAGUGAAUGGGAAUUUUCAAUCUCCAGUACCUAUUUCUUACAAUUUUCAGCAGCCAACUUUUUCACACUAUGCUUCUCAUCAGCCAUUACCACAAGUUGCAUACUCUUACCCUCCUAAUCCAACUGUGCUUCCAGAAGUUCCUUGGAUUUAUAGUGAGUUUCACAAGUUUUAA